CCCAUAUCCAGAAAGAACACAUCUUGCUCCAGAAAGAUUUGGGGAAUAUUAAUAUUAUUAAACUAUAAACAUAAAUCAAUAAUGUCCAACCAUUUUUCCUCUGCAGACAUGCAAAACCUGAAGCACCCAUUCCCCAUACUCCACCACCACCACCACCACACAGAUCCCACCGCCAUGGAGAUCAUGAACCACUUUCACGACUACUUAUUCGCCCCAAAUUACCCCUCUGAAAUUCCUCCCCACUUCAACUUCCACAACACAUCCUCUUCUUCUCCUUCAAUGGGAUUGUUGCUUUGCCCUGAAAGUUUUCUCCCCCCGGAAGUGCCCCCCAAUAAUCUGUGUCCGGAUUUCCCGGCGAAUCUCUCCCGCACCGCCCCCGGAGCGAACGGGAAUGCGAUCGGAACAGCCGUGAACUUGAAGAUCGCCGAUGGAACUCCGGAGAGCUGCCUCACUAACUCCUCCCCUGUUUCAGCUAAAAGGACCAAUAGUGGGGGAAGGAGGAAAAGAAAGAAGAAUGGGGAAGAAGAUGAAGAUGAAGAUGAAGAAGAAGGCAGAGUAGAAGAAGAGGAGGAGAAGAAGAAGCCAAUUAGGGAAGUGGUGCAUGUAAGAGCCAAAAGGGGACAAGCUACUGACAGUCACAGUUUAGCAGAAAGGAUUAGAAGAGAGAAAAUCAAUGAGAGACUUAGGUGCUUGCAAGAAAUUGUUCCAGGAUGCUACAAGACAAUGGGCAUGGCUGUCAUGUUGGAUGAGAUAAUUAAUUAUGUGCAGUCCUUGCAAAACCAGGUUGAGUUUCUCUCUUUGAAGCUGGCUGCAGCAAGUUCAUAUUAUGACUUCAAUUCAGAUAGGGACAUUAUUGGAACAAUGCAGAGAGCAAAAACAGCAUAUGAGGGAUUGAAAAUGGAGAAGCAAAUGAAGGAAGGGUGUGAAGGAGGCCUAUCCAGUUCCAACCAAUCUUUCCUUCUUGACCACAACUUUCCCACCCCCUAUCCUUCUAUGCCCCACAAUACUUAAUAACAUCUACAAUAAUAAUAAUAAUAAUAA